AUGGAGAUGUCCAGGUUCAGGCUUCUUCCCUUGGUGAUACUUUUGUUUGUCUGUCAUCCCUGUGUUGACGCUGACGAGACAAACCACCAGCAGAAGACGUACAUCAUUCACAUGGACAAGUCCGACAUGCCUGCAAGUUUUGACGAUUAUCAGCAGUGGUACGACUCAUCUUUAAAGUUGGCGUCGGCCUCUGCCGAUAUGCUAUACACCUACAAUAAUGUCAUCCUUGGCUACUCUGCACGACUGACAUCUGAGGAAGCCAGGUUGCUUGAAGAGCAACCGGGUGUUCUAUCAGUCCAAGAAGAAGUACAAUAUGAACUUCAUACGACUAGAUCACCUGAGUUCCUUGGACUUCUCAAUUAUGCAGGAUAUGAAGCAGAAAGAGGACCAAUUAACGAGACAUAUGAAUCAAAAUCACCAAGGGAUUAUGAGGGUCACGGAACACACACUGCAUCCACAGCAGCUGGAUCAACUGUUGUUGGAGCAAGCCUCUUUGGUUAUGCUGCAGGUACAGCACAAGGAAUGGCAAAACAAGCCCGAUUAGCAGUAUAUAAAGUAUGCUGGACCCGUGGAUGUUUAAGCAGCGAUAUACUAGCAGGUAUGGAGAAGGCAAUAGAAGAUGGUGUGGACAUACUAUCACUGUCCCUAGGUGGCUCAAGCAGUGAUUACUUCAGAGACGUUAUUGCAAUUGCAGCGUUCACAGCAACAUCUAGAGGAAUCUUUGUUUCGUGUUCGGCUGGAAAUGGUGGGCCCUCCCAUGGAAGCUUGUCAAAUGUUGCACCAUGGAUAACCACUGUAGGUGCCGGAACUAUAGACCGUCAAUUUCCAGCAUAUAUUAGCCUUGGAAAUGGGAAAAAGUUCACUGGAUCAUCACUCUACAGUGGAAAACCGUUACCCAAUUCCUUUAUACCACUGGUGUUUGCUGGUAAUGUUAAUAGCACACCCGAUGGUAAUCUGUGCUUACCUGGAAGUCUGAUUCCAGAAAAAGUCAAGGGGAAAAUUGUGAUCUGUGAUCGAGAAGGGUAUCUAAUGCCACCGAAGGGUUUGGUAGUAAAAGAUGCCGGUGGCAUUGGGAUGAUUCUAGCAAACACUGAAUUUAAUGGAAGAGAGCUGGUUGCUGAAGCACAUUUCAUACCCGCAGCAACUGUUACUUAUACAACGGGUGACAACAUAAAAAAGUACGUCUCAACUGAACGUAAUCCGACAGCCACAAUUGCAACUGGAUACACCCAGGUCGGGGUCCAACCAUCACCUGUCAUAGCAUUUUUCAGUUCCCGAGGACCAAACACAAUCACAAAAGAUAUACUUAAGCCUGAUCUGAUAGCUCCAGGUGUUGAAAUCCUAGCAGGAUGGACGCGAAAAGUUGGACCGACAGGAUCGCCGGAAGACACCCGACAUGUGGAUUUUAACAUAAUUUCUGGUACAUCAAUGUCAUGCCCACAUACAAGUGGAUUAGCAGCAUUAAUCAAAGCUACCUAUCCAGAAUGGAGUCCUGCAGCAAUUAGAUCGGCACUGAUGACCACAGCUUACAAUACAUAUAAGAACGGAAAACGCAUUCAAGAUCUUGCAACCGGAUUGCCAGCAACACCAUUUGAUUAUGGUGCUGGACAUGUGGACCCCGAAUCAGCACUUGACCCGGGUCUUGUCUAUGAUGCCAACAUUGACGAUUAUAUAGACUUUCUUUGUGCCAUAAACUACAGUUCAAGUAUGAUCAAAACCAUCACAAAACAAGAUCAUUCCUGCAAGGAUGGUAAGAAAUACAGAGUGGGAGAUCUUAACUACCCAUCUUUUUCUGUUUCUUUCCGGACAGCCUCAGGCAUGGGUGGUAAAAGUAGUGCACCAACAGUGGUCAAAUACACAAGGACCCUAACAAACGUGGGCAACCCAGCAACUUACAAAGUUUCACUCUCUAAGGAGACGAAGGCAGUGAAGAUUAUGGUUGAGCCAGAAGUGCUUGCUUUCAGCAAACCAAAUGAGAAGAAAAGUUUCACAGUGACAUUCACCGCAAGUUCCAUGUCCUCAGGCACAACCAGCUUUGAUUAUUUGAAAUGGAUGGAUGGAAAGCACAUUGUUGGCAGCCCAAUUGCAUUUAGCUGGUCAUGA